AUGGCUCCUCAACUCGCAUGGCUUGGCCUCGGCAACAUGGGCAGAGGCAUGGCCAAGAACCUUGCAGCAAAGGGCACCCCCAGCCUCCCCCUAAUCAUCUACAACCGCAGCGUGGCCCGCGCACAAGACUUCCAAGCUGCCACCCCCAACACGAUGGUCGCUCCCACCAUCUCCGAAGCCGUCACCAAAUCGGACAUCAUCUUCACCUGUGUCGGUGAUGACGCUGCCAUUCAAUCCAUCGUCGACGCCAGCAUCGCUAGCGGCUCCCUCCAGAACAAGCUCUUCGUCGACCUCUCCACCGUCCACCCGGACACCACCACCUCCAUCUCCACCAAGCUCCAAUCCCACGGCGCCUCCUUCGUGGCCAGCCCCGUCUUCGGCGCUCCUCCCAUGGCCGCCGCCGGCCUCGUCAUCGCCGUCCUCGCAGGCCCCCGCUCCGCCGUCGACCAAGUCAAACCCUACACAACGGGCGUCAUCGCCAAAUCCAUCGUCGACUUCAGCGACCAGCCCCCCGCCAAGGCCUCCCAGCUCAAGAUCCUCGGCAACACCUUCGUGCUAGGCAUGGUGGAGAGCAUUGCGGAGGGUCUGGUCGUGGCCGAUAAAUGUGGUUUGGGAACCGACGCCCUGCACCAGUUCUUCGAGGCCGUGUUCCCCGGUCCGUACGUGGCUUAUUCGGCCCGUAUGCGCUCCGGCGAUUACCAUGAGCGUGCGGAGCCGCUCUUUGCAGUGGACUUGGCCAGAAAGGAUGCUCGUCAUGCACUCGACUUGGCUGCGAAGUCGGGUGCUACCAUGAAGGGCGUGGAAUUGGCGGAUACGUAUAUGGCCAAGGUCAAGGAGCAUAUGGGUACCCGGGGUGAUGUGGCGGGGAUGUACGGAGCUGUGAGACAGGAGGCGGGAUUGAAGUUUGAAAAUAAGGAGUAG